AAGCCUUUGCCAAGCAAGGUGUGGUCCAUGAUAGUGGAAUUUCAUAUGUACCACGACGUCAUCGUGAUCGAUUCUUCGCCAAAAGAUUAAUAUUCUAAAUCUUUUCAUCUUUUUCACCCACUAUCAUCAUUACUUGAGCCAUGUCUGGAGACGCAAACGCCGCAUAUUCUGGCAAGGAUCAUAACUACACCAUGAUUCAAGCGUUUGAAUGGUAUUCUGAAGGUGGAGGCGUUCAUUGGAACAAACUUGCCAAAAUCGCGCCUGAAUUGGCUGAUAUGGGCUUUACAGCGAUGUGGUUUCCACCUCCAACCAAGGCCGCCGGACAGGACUCAGUCGGAUAUGACGUUUACGACUUGUAUGAUCUGGGUGAGUUUGACCAGAAAGGCGGAAAACGAACCAACUACGGAACGAAGGAGGAGUUGUUAAAGGCUGUGAAGACAGCGAAAGAGAAUGGAAUUGUCACGUAUGUAGAUGCGGUAUUGAACCAUAGAUUUGGAGCAGACAGAAUAGAGACUUUUGGAGUCGUUGAAGUCGACACAAACGAUAGGACAAAGGAAAUUUCGGAUUUGUAUGAUAUCAAGGGAUGGACUGGCUUUGACUUCCCUGGUCGUGACAAGAAGUACAGCUCUCUCAAAUGGAACUUCAAUCACUUCACCGGCGUGGACUACAACGACGAAAACAAAAAGACUUCUAUCUAUCGCAUUCAAGGAGACGGAAAAAGCUGGGCCAAGGGUGUUGAUAAGGAGAAUAAAAAUUAUGAUUAUCUGAUGGGGGCGGAUAUCGAUCACAAGCAUCCCGAGGCACGGGAAGAUAUCAUUAAUUGGGGAAAAUGGAUCUUGAAGGAGCUUGGUCCUGGAGCAGCAGGUUUCCGGUUUGACGCUGUGAAGCAUAUAGAUCGAAGUUUCAUUGCAGAUUUCGUCAAGAGUAUCCGUGCCGAUGAGGACGUGAACAGACCCAAGAUGUUUGCAGUUGGAGAGUUCUGGAAGGAUUCGAUAGAGGACUUGGAAGAGUAUCUAGGCGCACUGGGGACACAGUUUAGCGUUUUUGAUGCGCCACUUCAUUAUAACUUCAAAGAAGCGGGAGAUCGCGGAGGUGAAUACGAUAUGAGAGCGAUCUGGGAUGGGACGGUCGUGCAGAAGAGGCCCAUCGAUGCUGUCACCUUGGUCGAUAAUCACGACACGCAAGUCGGUCAAGCCUUGGAAAGCUGGGUUUCGCCCGCCUUCAAACCUCUCGCGUAUGCAUUGAUAUUGCUCAGGCCAUCUGGAUACCCGUGCGUAUUCUGGGGCGAUCUCUACGGUACUGCUGGGCCAGAGGGCAAUCCCCAACAACCAGUUGCCCAGCUUGGAGAUUUGAUUCGUGCGAGGAAGCUCUAUGCGUAUGGCGAGAUCAGAGACUAUUGGGACCAUAAGAAUUGCGUAGGUUGGGUCCGUACUGGUGAUGAGACACGGCCAGGAUGUGCUGUAGUCCUUUGCAAUGGCGGUGAAGGAUUCAAGCGAAUGGAAGUUGGAAAGGAACACGCGAAUGAGAAAUGGACUGAUGUGCUGGGAUGGCACAAGGGAGAAGUGAUCAUCGGCGAGGACGGCUGGGCCGAAUUCAUGUGCUCGGCGCAGAGCGUUAGUGUCUGGGUCAAGAAGGAUGCCCCCGGUCGGGAGGAGUUUCGGAAGGCGUGACUUAUCCCUCUAUAAUCACCGUGCACUGUGACUCUGGUAUCUGAAUUGCACAGCCAUGCCGCCUGAAUUGAAGGUGAAUAAAGUACGCUUUGACUGAUAGCAUUCAACGUCAACU